AGUCCAUAAGUCUUACUAUAGAACGUAAGGUUAAACGCCUGAAAAUCCCUGCUAUGGUACUUGAUAGUGGAGCUGAGCUUCCAACUGUAUCAGAAGAUAUUGUUAAACGCGUAGGCGGGAAAAUAGAUAGAUCAGAAAAAUAUGAUCCCAGCGGGGGUGUCGCUACUGUUCCAACAGAAUCUACUGGCGUCACUC